AUGCUAGAUGUGGUUAAUUCCUUUCUUGCUCCUAAGGAAUGGUAUUUUUUGCCACCUAUAAAGACUGAAUUUAGACAUGAUACUGGUGGAUUUAACCGUAAUUCAUUUUCUCCAAAUUCUCGUAUAGUGGCUUCCACAUUUCUUUCAAUAUAUCUUAAAAG